AUGUUACUCUUUUUCUUACUCUUUUCUUCCUUAUCUUCUUCGCUCCACUUUUCAUCUUUUUCGCUUUUUUUGCCGUUUCAUUUUCUUCUCCGUAUAGGAAUCGAGGUAGAAAAGUCACAGGAAAAAGUCACGUUAACUGAUUUCUCGCUUGACCCUCUUGUCUUUUGUUUCCUUAAAUUGUUUUUUUUCUUGCUUUCUAUUUUACUUCUUUAUUCAACCAUUGUUUCAUUCUCUUCUCUUCAUCUGAUAUGUUUUCAUGGCUUAUUUGAUAUUCUUUCUAUCUGUUCGUCUAUGUUAUUUACGCCUCUCUCCUCCUAUUUUUUUUCUUUUUCAUUCUUUUGCUUUCUUUAUAGUCUAUAUUUUGUUUGUUUUUUCGUUUUUUUUUUAUUUUGUGCUACAGAGAAUGUUUCUUAUUUCUUUUGUUCACUUUUAAAAUUUUUCCUUGUUCAUAUUUCUUUUAUUUUUUUAUAUUUCUUUCUUCCACUCUCUCUGGAGUUUUUUGUCUUCGUUUUCCCUUAUUUUUCAUUUUCCUUCUAUUUUUGGCGUUUUACGGUUGCAUUUCUUCUUUCAUUUUAUGUUGUCACUUUCGCUUUUAACAUUUUCUUCGAUUUGUAUAUUUUGCUUUCUUUUCUUUCAUUUUUCCUUGUCUUUCUUGUUUUUAAUAUUGUCCCUAUGUUUUUUUUUGCUUCAUUUUACUUGCCUUUCAUCUUUUUAUUUCUUUUUUUUUUAACUGUUCUUUUACUUUCUAAUUCAUUGUCUUUUUCUUUCUCGUUUUUUUUUUCCUUUUUUCUUUCUUUGUUUUUAUUUAUCCCUUUUUUCUUAUAUAUAAAAUAUAUUUUCUUUUUCUUUUUUUUUAUUUUCCAUGUCUUUCUCGUGUUUUGUUUUCUUUCUUCUUUUUUGUUAUUGUUUGCAUCUUUUCACCAUUUUCUUUCUUUUUCUUCCUCGUCUUUAUCAACUUUUAUAUUUUCUUUUUCAUACUUUUUUUUUUUCAUUUUCCCUUUUGUUCGUUGCAUUUUUCAUAUUUUUAGCUCCGUCUUUUGCCUUUCCUUUUUUUCAUUAUUUUCACCAUUCACAAUUCUUUGCCGCCUUUCUUUUCGACUUAUUCUGUUUAUUUGUUAUUUUAUUCGCAAAUUAUUUAAGAAAUAA